CAUGGCCACCGCCACGGCCACCGCCACCUGGCGCUACCGCGGGGACCCCGAGGGCGAGCGGCCGGCGGCGCUCGUGCGGUUCGCCAACGGGAGGCUGGAGCGGCCCGAGGCGCUGCACUUCACCGUGUACCGGAACCGGGACUCGGCGCACCCGCGGAAGAGGCACCGCCGGAUCCUGGUCUCUGAGACGGAGCGGCUCUGCUACGUGGGACACAACUUUGGCAGCCAGGUCAUGAGGUGCAACUCCCUGUGCAGGUACUUUGUUGGCGUGCUGGACAAGAGCUCUGGGCAGAUGGACGUCUACAAUGCUGAAAUGUUCAACAUGCAGCCUCUGCUGUCAGAUAACGUGAUGCCUGACGACACCAAGGACUACCAGACCAAAUCCUACCGGGAGAAGAUGGAUCUGUGCAUCGAGGCCUUUGGCACCAGCAAGCAGAAGCGAGCGCUGAGCUCCCGCCGCAUGAACGCCGUGGGCAGCGACAUCGUGAGCACGGCUGUCACCAAGGCGGCUGCCAACGUCAUCGACACCAAGGGAGUGACAGGGCUGAUGCAGGACGUGGCCCAGGACGAUGUGCAGAACAUCUCUGCCUUCCUCCCGCCGUGCCACGAGGACGCCCAGCGGCCGGAGCACGUGUACAGGUUUGAGGACAUCCUGUCUCCUGCCGAGUACGAGGCGCUGCGGGUGCCUGCAGCCGCCCUGGCCAGCAUCACUGCCGAGGAGAUGGCCAGGAGGGCAGAGGAGAGAAGCCUCUGCUCCUUUGUUUUGGAGGAGCUGAAGUUCCUGCCCACUGAUGAGAAGAGCAGGGACCACAAAGCCAGGUGCCUCUGGUUCCUGGACACCCUCAUCAAGUUCAGCCAGCAGAAAGUGAUCAAGAAGAAGCAUCCCAUGGGUCCUGAAUGCCCACACAUCAUCAGCAAGAAACUCAUGAAGAAUUUCACCUCGCUGACCUACAACAAUGGCAGCAUCCAGAAUUUAAUCUCUGCGUCCAUGAAGGCCAAAAUCACCGCCUAUGCCAUCGCCUUGGCUCUGCACAUUAACAACUUCCAGACGGAUCUCACCGUCCUGCAGAAUGACCUGAAGCUGUCAGAGAGCAGGAUCCUGGACAUCGCCAAGGCGCUGCGGCUUAAGGUGUCCAAGGCCAAGGGGGUGCCAGGGCUGGAGAAUGACCAGAGCCACAAGCUGGGCACCCUGUCCCUGCCCCUGCCCACGCAGAAGGCACCGGAGGGACAGCGCAAGCGCAAGAAGAUGAACUGAGCAGCCCAGG